AGUCGUCCCAGUCCUUCUCGACAAGAGAAGUGCAUUAUGGUCCCGUAAAAUCCAAGAUGGCGGCCGCACUUACGAAACGAAGUUGGAACUUGCUUCGGUUUUCCCGGUCUGUCAUGCUGAGUUCCCUGAAAGCCUUACAGACGCGCACAAUAUUGAGUGGAAGUAUAAAUUUGCUACAGAAUAUUAAGACCAAACCAAACUUCUCAACUAUUGACAACAAGGAGCAGAUAGUCGUCCCUGCAAGCGAGGAAUCAACAAGACCAGAAGAAGAUGCUCUUAAUCAGCAAGAUUUCUUUGAUGUCCAUCAGCUUGUGUCAUUAAGGGAUUUGUUUGUUGCUGGGGUACACUAUGGACAUCAUGAGGGAUGCUGGAAUCCACUGAUGAAACCUUACCUGUACGGCACAAGAGAGCACUUCCACAUUAUUGACCUCAACCAGACUAUCAAACACUUUAGGCUUGCAUUAGACGUGCUGUGCCAUACAGUUUAUCGUGGGGGCAAAGUCCUUUUCAUCUCUUGCAAGCCACAGUUUGAAGAGCUCACCCAAAGCCUGGCGCGUGACAGUGGCGAAUACUUUGUGACCCAAAGAUGGCGGGGAGGAACCUUCACAAACUCCUACAUGGUGCUGGAAACAAGGAACCUCCCAGAUCUUGUGGUGUUUCUGCAUGUCCCUUCUCUUGGGAGGAACGCCUUGGCCGUGAAGGAGACAGCUAUGUGUAACAUCCCCAGUAUUGGCAUAGUGGACAGUGACUGUAACCCUAAUCUCAUUAUGUACCCCAUCCCAGGCAAUGAUGACAUGCCAUCCGCUGUACAGAUGUACUGCAGAAUAUUCAAGUCUGCUGUUUUAACUGCUAAAGAAAAAAGAAUGGCUCUGUUAGCCAAUAGAAAUAUAAGGCUAACCUCAAAAGAUGCUGAAGUUGAAGAGGAGUUUUAGCUUAUUCAUAAAUCUUUGUAAAUAUACCCGAAAAAUAAUUAAAAUGAUAAAAAAGUUUAAAAAA